ACACUACCACCACCAAUGCCUUUGCUUCUACCUCUUCUUCAACCACAUCCUUAGAAGAAGCCAUUAAAGCCAUUAAAACCUUUCUCUUUCUCUCUAGAUCCCUCUUAUCUCUUUUUUUUUCUCUCUCUCUCUCUGUGUAUACAUAUAAUAAAUAAUAUUAUUAAUUAAUUUAUAUUUAUUGAUCUAUGGGUAUGUGUUUAUCAUCUUCAUAUGAAGGGAAAGAAGAGAGUGAUGAGAAUAUAGUGUGUAGAGUGGAAGAAGGGGGUUUAUGUUGUAAUAAUGGUGAAGAAAAAGAAGAAGAAGAAGAAGAAGGGAUUAAAAGUUUGGUUUCUUUGUAUUCUCAACAAGGAAAGAAGGGUCCUAAUCAAGAUUGUGCCAUCCUUUACCAGGGUUAUGGAAUGGAAGGUGUGUUCUGUGGGGUGUUUGAUGGACAUGGCAGGAAUGGUCAUAUGGUUAGCAAACUAGUCAGGGAUUACCUGCCAUCAAUAUUAAUCAAUCAACGCGAUGCGCUUAUGUUGGCCGACAACACCGGUGUACUCACUGAUAGCGAUGAUGAUAGCUCGGUCGAUGAUGAGGACUACUCGUCGCCAUCGCCGGCGUGGUUCGAUGAGUGGAAACAGGCAUGCAUCAAUGGCUUCAAAGCCAUGGACAAAGAGCUUACAUUUCAGCCUAAUUUGGACUGCUCCUACAGUGGAACAACAGCAGUUACUAUCAUUAAGAAGGGCAAUGAUUUAAUUAUUGCUAACCUUGGAGAUUCACGAGCGGUUUUGGGAACGAUAUCGGAUGAUGGUUUCUUGAAAGCUGUUCAACUAACAACUGAUCUGAAACCAGAUUUACCAGAAGAAGCAGAAAGAAUAAGAAAGAAAAACGGCAGAGUGUUUGCACUGAGGGAUGAGCCAAGAAAUUAUAGGGUGUGGUUACCUAAUGACAACUUCCCUGGACUUGCAAUGGCGCGCGCCUUUGGAGACUUACAGCUAAAAAACUACGGCAUCAUCGCUGUCCCCCAGGUUUCAUACCACCUCCUGACAAGCAGGGAUCAAUUCAUUGUGCUAGCAACUGAUGGGGUAUGGGAUGUGCUUACUAAUGAUCAAGUGGUGGCAAUAGUAUGGUCCACGAGUCGCAAAGAGGAGGCAUCAAAGGCGGUAGUGGAUGCAGCUGUCCGCGCUUGGAGACGCAAGUAUCCUGCAUCAAGAGCGGAUGAUUGCACUGCUGUUUGCCUCUUUCUGCAAGACCUGCAAAUAUGAGCACAACUUGCAUCAUUAGUGAAGGCAUAUGAUGUUUCUAACUUUGUUUUCUAACAAGGAAAAGAAUGUAGAACAUUUGAAGGAAGUGGCCUAUAUUACUGUUUUUGUGCAAAAAGAGCAACCACUCAUGCGGAUCUUCAGAAGCUGUUUUACA